GUCUGGAGCCGGGAGGAGGACGACAAGAUCAAGCGCAUCGUCGAGGCCCAGGGCGGCACGCAGCGCUGGGCCAACGUCGCGACGGAGUUCAACGCGGGCCUCUCCGAGGACGACGCGCGCACGGGGAAGCAGAUCCGCACGCGCUGGAUCGAGUACUUGGACCCGGCGAUCUCGCGCGUCGCGUGGACCGACGCCGAGCGCGAGAUCAUCCGCGACGCGCAGAUGCGCCUGGGCAACAAGUGGAGCCAGAUCGCGAAGCUGCUCCCCGGGCGCACGGACAACCAGGUCAAGAACCUCUGG